CAACCUACCUUCACCCACUCUGCGACAGAGUCUCAGACUACUCACUACACAAUCCUGCCAUUUCUGAAAUCACUUUCCAAUCAAUCAUACAUACACAUACUUGAAGAAACAGACCACCAGCCCAACCAACCCACCUCGUACAAGGAACCAUGGCCUCUCCAGCGCCACCAGCACCACCACCAGCCCUCACGCUGCCCCCGUCCCAAUUCGCCCGACUUCAACCUCACGCGUACCUCCUCGCGCACCUUUCCCCACCAGCCUCCAGCAACCAGCUCUCCAUCCGCGCCAACGGGCGCGCCCCCUCGCAGUUCCGGCCCACCUCCGCCAACACAGGCUCCCUCACGCACACGAACGGCAGCGCCGUAGUGCGCGUAGGCGACACGACAGCCGUCUGCGGCGUGCGCGCCGAGCUCCUCCCAACAACCGACAUCGCCUCUUGGAGCGUCUCGCAUGCCUCCGCCUCCUCCUCCUCCUCCUCCUCCUCCUCCUCCCCCGCGGCCCCGAAGUCCAACUCCAGCUCCAACUCCGCCGACGCCGAAGAAUCGCAAAUCCAGGACCUCAACCUCCUGGUGCCGAACCUCUCAUUGAGCACAGGCUGCGCCCCGGGGUUCGUGCCCGGCGCGCCGCCGUCAGCGCUCGCACAGUCCCUGUCGUAUCAGAUCCUGGCGCUGCUGCAUAGUACGCGGUUGGUGCGGGCGGAGGAUCUGCGGGUUUGGUACGAGGGGCCUAGCUUUACGGGUGAAGAGGGGGGGCGGAUGGAUGUGGAUGUGGAUGUGGAUGCGGAAGGGGAACGGGACGAGAAUAGUGCGGCAACGAAGAAGGAGAUCAAGGCGUUCUGGGUGCUGUAUAUUGAUAUCAUGAUUGUUUCGUUGGCGGGAAAUCCGUUCGACGCGGCGUGGGCGGCGGUGUUGGCGGCAUUGCGCGACACGAAGCUGCCGCGUGCGUGGUGGGAUGUCGAUAAUGAGAUGGUCGUUUGCUCGGAUGUCGUCUCUGAGGCCCGGAAGCUGACGCUGCGUGGAUUGCCGGUUGCGAGCUCGUUCUGUGUCUUUGAGGCUGAUGCUGCGGCUGGUUGGCGCGCGGUGAUUGUGCCUGAUGCUGAUGAGGAGAGGGAGAUUGAGGAUACCGCCAAACGGGGAAUGCUGCGUCGGUGGAUUCUGGCGGAUCCUGAUGGGUAUGAGGAGGGACUGAGUCAGGAGCGGGUUUGUUUGGUUGUGGAUAAGGAGGUGGUGGGUGGGGAGGGUAAGACGGUUAUUGUGAAGAUGGAGAAGAAUGGUGGGUGGGCCGUUGAUAGUCGUGAGUUGAAGCAGUUGCUGGAUGUCGCCGCUGCCAGGUGGGAGAGUCUGAAGCAGAUCUUGGAGCAGUGUUGAGAUUGUUCCUUGUUAUCCUUUUUUUUGUUCUCCUUUCUCUAGCAAAUGCCAAACUAGCUAGC